UAAAACAACAAAGCCUGUGUCAAAAAACGCGUUUUUCUCUUCUGGUUCCCGCCGAAAAUUAUAAAUAAAUCAAAAUCUUGUUAAUUAAAUCGUUUUGCUAUCAAGCUGUAGUCGAAAAUGGGCAAAAAAACGCAAGAUAAUGCUAACAAGAAUAAAGAAAAACGUCAGGCGAGAAAGCUGGAGCAACGUCGAAUUGCAGAUGCUAUGGCACACGUCACUAAUGCUAAUAAACUGAAAGACAUAGCUUCUUUAUGUAAAGAACUUUUAGUUUACCGAAACAACGAUCUCGAAGUAGAAAUGUACAUUCAACGCGUCACUGAUCUUGAAAAGAACGUGCUGCAGUGGGCGAUAGACUUGACUGAGAGGAAUAUGAAGAAACUAUAUGAAACCUGUGCUUGGGGUUGGAACAAGGACAAAAAGGUUGAAGAAAUGACAGAUGAUGGGGCUUGGUACCUUAUUGCUAGAGAAAAAUCAGGCACCCUACUAGCAUUCUCACAUUUCCGAUUUGAUAUGGAUUUUGGAGAUCCAGUUCUUUAUUGCUACGAGGUGCAGGUGGAGAGCGAGGGUCGCCGCCGCGGGCUCGGGCAGCGCGUGCUGGGCGUGCUGGAGCGGCUCGCGCUCGCCACGCGCAUGCGCUGCGUGCGACUCACCGCGCUCACGCAUAACCCCGCCGCCUCAGCGUUCUUCAGAGCAUGCGGGUACAGUUUAGACGAGACCAGUCCUUCGAAAGAAGAUGCAGCCCAUUACGAGAUCCUCAGCAAAGCGACAGACACUGACAAAGUAGAGCCGUCCCCCUCAGACCAGUGCCCUCUGAGUGAAGGCAUGAAGGCCGUGCAAGUGGUCAGCUCACAAUGACACCGGACUACACAUGGAGUAGAAACUCUUUGACAUAAAUCCCGUCUUUAUUUAUAAUGUCUUAAGGUUGAAUUUCUCAAUGAGUAAUAUUGAACUUCCCAGAAAACUCUGAAGUGCAGUGUACUGUGAAUUUUAUCGUGCUUUAAAUUAUACAGGAUAGAAUAUAGUACUUUGCUUUUUGAGUAUUGUUCUAGCUGCAAAAAAAAAAUCGUAAUGUGAGCGCAAAAAAGCAUCAGCUACGGCAACUGUGCUCCACACUUAUAGUAAGUGAAUGAACUGGAUAAUGUGACCAAAAGAUAAUAGGCUAGUUGCCACUACUUUUAUUAUUUGAUAGAACGGUUCAUUACUAUUAUAUAACACCAUAAAAAAAAAUCUGAAGCACCUAUCCUAAUAUAUUUUAAAUUUUAAAAUUUAUUUUCGCUAUGCUGUCAAAAACGCCGUCCGCCACGAUGGUCUAUUAAUUAUCUGUGCCGUGAAGUGACUAUUCUUGUAAACACUACGCGUGACUGUCAUAUACUUUUUAUCGGAAUUCAAAACCAUAUCUUCGAAAGGAUUACAUGAUAAAUAUAGUAAUUACCACUAUUGUAUCGUGCGGGAAUGUAAGAAUACAUCAAUACAGAACCCAGAAAAGUUGUGGAUUAAAGUACCCACUGAUGAGAAUAUGCGAAACACCUGGUCAAAAGAGAUCCCGUAACUCUGUCCAGUGGAACUGCUGUGUAUUUCUGUGUAUUUUUACGUGAAAUAAAUAAUUAUCAAGGCGUUUAAAUGAAAGACCACGAAUAACCUGAAACUAGCGUUUGACAUUAUGUUUUUUACAAUAUUGGUGACGUAGAACCAUGGCAGACGGUGUUUUCAAGCAAGAGAAAAAAGUAAGGGUUUCAGUUGAAUUUUUACAGCAAUCCUCUAUUAAUAUUUAUUGAAGUUUAUAUAUUUCGGACCCUUGCACGGAGUAAUAUUUAAAUUAAAAGUUAUUUUUACAAAUGGUGACAUGAGGCAACAAACCUAUUAUGAUUUCCGGAAUAAUACUAUUUCAUGUUAAGCACUUUUUUAUAACUAUCUAAUACUGCAGAGCAAAAGCCUACUAUGCUUUAUUUCACUCUGUCCGGCCUAUGACGUCUCUCGCCAUUUCAUACGAGACCUUCUUUGUCUCCGCCUAAUUAGCUCAAUAGUACACAUUAUUUUUGUAUAGAUAGAUAUUUACAUUCUAAAUACCUCAAGCCGUAUUUUGAAGUUAUCAGUGUUUCUCUGUUGUGUAGUUCUAUCGUUUUAAUUAGAGGAAAAAACAGACUUUAUGAACUACUAGGUAAGGUUCAUAAUGAUUUGCUUAUAAUACUCAUGUCACACGCAUUGCAAGUAGACAGCUCUGUAGAAUGUAGCCUUUAAAGUAAAAGUAAAUAGUUUGUAAAUGUGGUACAGCAGUUGGCCCUAUGUAUAAGUAUAGUUGUCAAAGAUGUACCAAAUACACAGUACAGAUACAAGUAUCUGAGAUACAAAAUGCAAGUUACUUUAAUGUUUUAUUUAAGGUACGAGAUUUAAACGCGUAUCUUGUAUCUGUAAGUCAGAUACUUGUGUCUAAGAUAAUUGUUCUCUGUUAAUUGUUAAGUCCACUUCUUAAUUACAAUUAGGCUAAUAACUUUUAAGAUUACGUCUAACUUAUAAAUUAACUGUCAGAUCCAAAAAUAUUUUUUUAAACGUGUCAACGAAUUAAUUAAGUAAUAUUUUACUUUUUUCAUAACACACUACUCUUCUAUUUUUGUCUCAUGCCAAAAUAAAAAAUUGUCUUUAAUAAAGACUUAAAAUUAUUUGUGUUGAUCAACUGUUACUAUGCAAAAGAGGUACCUAUAGCAUAAUAAUCUUUAUAAUAAGACUUUGCAAACAAUGCCCCGAUUUCGCUAUUUGCAAUAGCCAAUGUGUAAAUGACAAUCGGAUUAAAUUUAAAACUAUUAGGAAAUUCAUUGUACUGACCGUGAGUGUUCCGCCGCGUUAUGAAUUUCCAAUAAUUGUGUUGGCAAAAUGCUAAGAAUAAUUCACAUAGUGCCAAUUUAAUCCAAUUUCCAUUAAUUCAUCGGUAAGGUAAGCAUCAUUGAGGCCCUAGUCCUGUGGAAGGAAAGAGACUGUCAAGAAAGCAAUAGGCUAGCGAUUCCGAUAAACCAUUUAGACUUCACAUUCGACCUGGCUUCGUUGAAACUAAUGAUAAUGAACUUAUUGCUAUAACUAUUACGCUGUGGAUUAAUAGAUAACGAAAUCAUGAAAAUAUGAAAACGUGUCAUUAGAGGUCGUGGUAGUAAGUACGUUGGUACAUUAUCACGUAGAUAUUACUACAGCUAAUUAAGAAGUAAUCAAUAAACAAAAGGUCAAGAGGUUUUUAAACUUGCAUCCGUGUGAAGUACGAAGUUUACGGUUCAAUACAUAAUUAUGCGAUUUGCACGUCUAUGACUUACUCAACUACUAGUAAAA